AAGUGUGUGAGCCCAAAGAAGGUAAAGGUGGAAGAAAAGGAGAGAAUAACGUCGGCCCGUGACGGCAGGAUCAUCCUCAGAGAUUUUUAUUUUUAUUUCCCAAAAUUAAAUUCAUGUAACCCUUAAUCCAGCCACAAUCUAAAUCACUCGUUCGCUCUUCUGUAAUCCGAUUAUUGACGGUGGAAAUUCAAUAUCGACUCAAAGACCGUCGAUAUUAUAAGCUUGGAGGUGCAGAAGAAGAAGAAGAAGAAGAAGAAGAAAACAGGUGCACACCGUUUCCCGAAGGCCUUGCGAAACGGAAAAAGUGAUAAAUACGAAAACGAAAGAGACGCCAAAGAAUAAUAAUAAUAUUAAAGAAAAGUGAUAAGUAACUUUCCUUAUUCCGUUGUUUCAUUUCCCACAAUCGCAAUAGCCGGUUUAUACAAAAUUGAAACAAAGAGGGACGAAUAAAAUUAAACGCAUUUUUUUACCGAAGAAGUAAAGAAAAUCCGUAACCAUGAUUCUGUUCGGUAUAAUUAUUCCUAGAGUGAGGAACUUUAAUCGUUGCACAAGGAAAAUGCAGAUUCGUAAGUCGCGAAUUUUUUAACCAGCAGUGCGGACGUUGUUUUUUUUUAUCCCCCCCGUAACGUUUCCUGCUUUUUUAUUUUCAUUUUCUUUUUUCCAUUGUUUUUUCUUACUAUCUAUACUCUUUCAAAUGUAUUUUAAUCGCUAAAUUCUAUUGCUAAUUUUAUCGACGUUGUUGCAUUGUUAAUAAAAAAUUUUUAAAAUUUAAAAAAGAAAAAAAAAAACAAAAAAAAAAACAAAAAAGAACAAAAAAGAACAAAAAAAAAAAUACAAAACAAAACAAAAAAGAACCCGCGUGUCACUCCUUGUGAAAAAAAUCUCAUCGUCUAGGAACAGCGCGCGCUUUCGUUCGGAUAGUUGUGUUAUUUUUUUCCGACGUUGAGGAAACAAAAAAAGAAAAAAAAAACGUGAGGGUCAAUCAAAUCAAUCAAACAAACCAGCAACCAACUAACAGGUGGAGUAAAUAAGGUAACGUUCGGAGAGAGAGAUAGAGAAAAAAAGAAAACAGAAAAGAAAAAAAAAAAUCGUAACAAUUUGAAGAAGUAUCGUAUAAAAGUGAGAAGAACAAUCGAAGUGCAUAAAUAAAGGAAGGGGUAAAGGACACCCCGACUCCUCCUAUCUCUGUCCCUCGAAUCGCGAGGGCGUCAUUCCUCAACCCCGCGGCCUUGGAUCGUCGAGGUAGCCGCAGGCUGAGGAAAGUGCACGGGGCGAAUUGUGCACGAUAGCACCUCUGGUGCCGGCAGCCGUGGGUCCCGGUGGUACGGGCACCAUGGCGGCAUCAUCGUCUUCCUCGAGCGGCGAACAACAGUAUUCCCUGCGCUGGAACGACUUCCACUCCAGCAUACUCAGCUCGUUUCGUCAUCUCCGGGACGAGGAGGACUUCGUCGACGUAACGCUCGCCUGCGACAGCAGCAGCUUCACCGCCCACAAGGUCGUGCUUUCGGCCUGCAGUCCAUACUUCCGGAGGCUCCUUAAGGCCAACCCAUGCCAGCACCCCAUCGUUAUUCUAAGAGACGUUGCAUCCUCGGACAUGGAGUCCCUCCUACGGUUCAUGUAUCACGGGGAGGUUCACGUUGGACAGGAGCAGCUGACGGCCUUUCUAAAAACCGCGCAAAUGCUUCAGGUCAGAGGACUCGCCGACGUUAACAGCGGAGCAACAAAAAUACCACCCCCGUCGUCGAGCGCGAACAACGGUAGCGCGCCCACGACGCCUCGACUUCCUUGGCAGGAUAACGGAAGAGGCGACGGACUUCCGGCAAACGAGAGCGGGCUGAGUCCGCCGCCCGAAAAAAGACCACGCAGCUAUUCGCCGCCCCUCGGUAAUCACGUCGAGACAAAAUCCGAUCUUCAGGAAUCACUCCUCGGUCAGGCCCUUGAAGGCGGUCCGACGAUACACACAACGCCGAGCAACAACGUGCAGAAGGGGAAUCACGACAAUUCACUUCAGGCGCAGUCGACGGGCGAAGACUCGAACUCUUUGUCUGAUAACGAAGAAGACGUUUCUAUCAACGAGAGUAUUCUUAAUUCCGUUAAGACUGAGCCUGCAGAUAUGUUGAACGACCCCGUGGAGCAUCAUCAUCGCAACACAUUUCCAGCCGCUCUUCUCGGUCUUCAAGGACUGAUGCCGGGACCCUCGGGAAUCCACGCGGCGAAUCAGGACCCGAGUUAUGGGCGAUGGCAGCCCUCGGGAGGAGACGGUUCAGCCUCGAGUUCCGGAUGGGUUCCUGGACCGUCGUCGUCGCGGAACGAAAUGUCGAGCGGUGGGGGAACCGGGUCCGCGACCGGAACCGUGACCAUAACCGGAACCGGAACCGGGACAGGCUCGUACCAAUCGCAACAGGUCGCAGCCUCGGCGGCUAUGCUCAACCAAAAGAGUCAGGAGCUUUCGGCCCUCCUCAACCACGCCGCCGCCGCUACCACCAGCCAGCCGCAGCAACAGCACGCCGGGAUAAACGCGAUGAGUCCCGACAUCCAGCUGACGAUGAUGCACCAAAAGUUCCACGACAACCUACAGCAGUCGCUCGAUCACCACCACCACCACCAACACCAGCAUCAGCAGCACCAGGGAUCGGCGAAGAAGAAGAUCGAGGGAAUGGCGAUGCUGCAGCCGAGCAACGAGGCAGCGAAUUAUGCCGGGAGACCGAAGUGCCCCGAGUGCGGGAAGAUAUACUCGAACAACUCGAACCUCAAACAGCACAUCGUCAACGUUCACACAGUUCAGACCGAGUACAUAUCGUGCCACAUGUGCAGCAAACAGUUCAAGACCAAACAGUACCUGCAAAUACACCUGCUCUCAAUGCACGGUAUCAGGAAGCGGAAAGUCUAUCCGGUAUACCAGAUGGAGCCGACCGCCGCCGCCUCCGCCGCCUCGCAUACUCAGCCUCAUCAACAGACCGCCGGACCUCAUCAAACGUCACAACAGCAGCAGCAGCAGCAGUAUCCGAACGCCGCGCGAUGGAUCGACGACAAACACUGAUACGAUUUUACAAUGUGAACGAUCCGCUACUCGAUUCCUUUUUCUUUUUCUCGUGCUCUCGUUUUUGAAUUCGAGUUUUUAUUUAUUUUUCCCCUUUCGAGGGUGAGAGAGGGAGGGAGAGAAAUUGAAAUGUGACCGUUUGGAGUAACGAGACUGUACCCAUACAAGUCAACUCCACGGUGAAUCGAUCAUGUGUACGUGAGAUUGGUGUAAAAUUAGGCAGUUUUAGCAGCUGGAUUGCUUGUACAGAUAUUUUUACAAUAGUUGUAAAAGAUAUGAGUAUGUAUUAUGCAUACAUAUAUAUGAAUAUACAUGUAUAUAUAUAUAUAUAUAUAUAUAUACAUGUGUAAUAUUGCACACACAUAGCUGUACGUUUUGGACUGUAGAGAUAUUCCUAAGUUUCUCUCGUUUAUGAUGAUAAUGGUGCCGAUGACGACAAGCGCUUACGCAACGCGAACCAACCGAGUUUCGAAUUUAUUUUUUAAAACACUGAGAAACGAAAAAACCUGUUCGAAAAUAUGAAAGCGCCCCGGCAACUCGGUUCGCACUCGAUCCCUUGGAUUCCUCUCUCGUCUCGUAUUGUCUGGUCUCUCUUUAACAGCUGACCAUAAAAUGUAAUAAAUUGGUUCAAUCUAAGCCCAUUGAAAAUCUAA